UUGUUGAAUUGGAAGAAUUACCACUGUAUUAAUUUAUCUUUCGUUCCCCAAAAUGUUGAAAAGCAAUCAAUUAGAUUCAAGAUCAAUAGCCUCCAUCUUCAUCUUCUCAUUUCUUUGUCAAAAAAUUUCCCUUUUUUCAAAGAUCAACAAGAUGGGAUGUGGAUCAUCUAAACUAUCACAUAUUGGAGAUGUUAUAAUGGUGCCAACAAAGAUACGACCAAUGAUAGUGCGAAAGAUGGAUGAAUUAAAAAGGCAUGCUAGGAAUUCUAGGGGCUCCGGUGCUUCAAGGAAAGAGCUUCUCAAGGACACCAGUGGAUAUCAUAGUAGUGAUUUCUACGUCGACAGUAGUAGAGGAUCCUCCACCACCGUAGGAGAUAAUAGCCUCAAGCAUGGAAAAAAUACACAUCUGUCAUCAGAACAGUGUGAGGAAUUCAAAGAUGCAGUAGAGAGUUUGUCAGAAACACCUGAUUCGCGGCCUCCAAAAGCAGUUAUGCCCAUACAAUUAGAGGAGAAGGUUAAUAAAGUGGCGGUGGAGUUCCUUGCAUGGAGCGAGAUGAGAGCCGAAUCUAAGAAGUAUAUGGAGGAAGAGAUGGAGGAGGUUGUUGGGGAUGAGGAGGAAAAUGGCGAAGAUGAAGAUCUUAUUCAACGACAGAUAUCCCCCGGGUCUCCAAGCUUCAGGGUGUAUUACAUAGAGUCGUUAGCUUCCACAAUGAAGGAUGUUGAUAGCUUUGAGGAGUUGGAUGAUGAGAUUGGGAAUGAAAUACACAGGGACAUAGAGAAGAAAGAGGGUUGUAAUAUGAUACCAGAGGAACCUGUCAAACGUAAAAAGGGGAUAAUGAGAACGAUGCGGAAGCAGGGAGGGAAGUUGAAGAGGGUAAUAAUAUCAAAACCCAAACCAACGACUACCACCAAAAUGUUGAAGGUGUCUUCAUGAAGUGAAAAAUCUAAGAAACGAAUUACUGCUUCAAAAUCAAAUGUUUGAUCCUUUUCAAAUUAUUCUUUCCUAGAUUGUUUAAACUUUUUAGUCUAUACAUGCUUCUCAAAAUAUUUUGUUCUCCCUCUCACUUGAUAUCUUUUUUCUCAAUCAAUUUUUUAUUAAAGAAAAGGAG